UCUUUACCUCUAUGCACAUGCUUGAUUCUUUUUAUAAUUUAAAAAAGUGAAAAAUGUCCAGACAAGGGUCUGAAAUAAUGAAAAAAUAGUGUUGGUGAGGAGAAUUACUCCAGGAAAACGAGCUUUAAUUGCUUAUAAAAACCUGGCUAGUGACGGAUAACGGGAAAACGAGAUCAACAAAAGGCGUGCAACCAAUUCAAGUGUGUGAAAGAAUUGUGAUUCCUGUCGUCAUUUUCAUGAAAUAGGUGUUUCAAUCUUACGGGAUAACCAAAUUGUAGCCAAAAUGGAUGAUUCUAAGAGGCAGACUACCAUGGGUCCACCGGCGCCAGUGGCCUCCAGUCCUAAUCAACCAAAUUCUCGUAAUGCCAGUAUGGCCCCUGCUCCACAAGCCACCAGAAAUGCAGCUCCUCCCAAGCGAAUAAUUAAGAAGAUUCAGCUGGAUUUCAACAAGCUAAAGGAAGCGGGACUCGAUAGGCAGUUGGCCGAGGUCCUGAGAAAGCAGAAACUGGAAGCCAAGAAGGUGGACACCCCGUCAUCCAGUAAACCUUCCCCCUCUGCCUCUCCGCAGUCGACGUCGACCGCAGCAGAGAGCAAAUUGCAGUCGCAACAGCAACAAUUGCAUCAGCCUGCUCCGCAACCCCUAGUAAAACGUAUUAUGAUCUCGGAAUUUAUCGAAAAAACGGUGCCGAUCCAGCCGAUCCCAAAUCCGAAGGAUGGCGACCGUUCGAAGCAAGUCAAGGCGCUAUUAAAGAACAGGAUACUUAACAAGGCCAUGGCUAUCGGCACGCAGCCCCAGCAGCCGACAACCUCCAAGGCAGCUUCUAAGUUGCCAACAUCUUCUCCCCAGGGUUCAGCUCCUCGCAGUGUAGGAAUCGCUGCAUCUCCUGCAGCCUUCUCUGUGCCUAUUGCAAAGGCGGACUUGACUGUCCGCCAAAAGCAGCCACCACUGCUGCUCAAUCUUGUGAAUCAACUGCCCAAACAUCGAGACUUGUGCGGAUCGAGUAACAAGCCGCUGAUGAAUCAGAAAUCUACUCCUGAACAGCAGCCUGCACAGUUUUCAAUCCAGGAAGUUUCACAAAGUCCCCAAAGGAUCCCGGUAGAGCAACCGCCGCAUUAUUCCUCUCAACUUCCUCCCCAACAUCAUUCGUAUCAGCCACCUCCACAAGUUUCGAUAGCUCAAUCAGCUACUGCAGUUCCCAUACGACUCCACAAAAGCCCUUCACCACCACUGAUUGUGCUAGAGAACAAGGUGUUGGCACCCAACGAGAAGAUUGAUUUGAGUGGGCUGCGACUGCCAAAUGCUCCAGUGACAACCACUGUGAUACAGGUGAAAUCUACCGAAACACCCGUUCAACCCACUAUCCAAUCCAAAAAGAUCAGGGGCAAGGUUAUUAUGAACGCCAAUAAGCUAAAAGUAUCGAAGGAGAAGCUGGCCGAGAUGGCUAAAGAGAUUCGUAAUCAGGCGGAGCAGGUUAAACUCCCGCAAACACUGAAGCCACUUAAUUCAAAGGACUUUUCUCCUCCAAUUGAAACGUCUUUUGCCAUUAACUCAAUACUUCAAAGAAAACAUACUCCACUGUUUGCUCCACAAACUGUUGAGGAAAACACCGUUCCAGUACAUAGUGCUGGUUUAAAUAAAAUCAGCGAAUUGUCACCUUGUACUGGUUCAAAUCUUCGAUCAAAGCCAUUACCUGCAGAUAUUUCACCUCUUCAAUCAAAUCCAAUACCGGCAGAUAUUUCACCUCUUCAAUCAUAUGCAACUACAGUUGCAAAGGACCAUCCUGAAGAGGAGUCAAGAGACUUGCCAGUGUAUAUCCCAUCAGCUCCUGAGCCUGAACAGUUGCCUGGAUCUGUAUCUGAGACAUCAAGCACGCUUCUUCUUGCUACAUCUGAACCAAAAGAAUAUUGUAAAGAGAUGGCUAAUAAAUCAAGCCCGAUCAAACACGCAGGGUGCAUUUCAUCAACUUUGGAAACGGAAGAAGUGAACACAGUUCCAAACCCUCUUGAUUUCCCUGUAUAUAUUCCCCCAACACCGGAGCGGACAGAACCAGCCUCGGCCUCUUCUGAAGCAAUACAAUAUCCUGAAAAAAAAACUUUGGAAUAUAUUUCUUUGACCCCGCAAAUAGGAGAAUCUACAGAUGGGGCAAACGCAGCAUCUGUCGCUGUUGUCUUGCCCGAACCAGAAAACUUGCAGGGGGAUGUGUCCAUGGAACCUAGUUAUCUUGACUUGCCAGUCUGUAUUCCUUCGACUUAUGAAACGAAGGAGUUAACCGAAAAAGAAUCUUCAGAACUUAGCCAUCCCGACUUGCCUCCUUAUGUUCCUUCAGCUUCAAAACUAGAUGAACUUCCUGUAAGGCCUACUACGCAGCCAAGCGCUUCGAAUUGUUCAGCGCCCACUUCACCAGUGUGUAACAUCAAGUCCAAUUCUCAGGUGGCUUCAUCACCAGUGCAAAAAGUCCAGUCCGCAGUGGAUUUUAUAGCCCAACUGACUGCAGAGAAAGAUCUAGACGAAAGCAGCUUCAUGGAACUUUCGCCGGAGGAACAAAGAUUAAACGCUCUUUUUGGAGGAGGUAGUUGUUCCUUUACUGGUGCGUCGCCCGCCAAGAAGUCUCCCCAGCCUGAAAACGAUUUUACUGGAGUGUCGCCCGUUAAGGAGUCUCCCCAGCUUGAGGACGAUUUGCCUAUUGGAAAGAUUGUCAAAUUGGAUGAUAUGAAUAUACUGCACGCUACUUUAGAUGUAAACAGUACAAACAUUCUACGCAUCAGUCCAAAUGCGAUGAUGAUGCAAAGCAGUGUGGCCACCAUGGAUAUGUCAUUGCUGGAUGUAGAAGGUGUUGCAGAUUCAGUUCCGGAGGAGACAAAUGUGCAAGUCAACUUACCAAAUCCUCCCGGUAAGAUUGAAACUGAAUCAAGAACUCUUGAUGAAGCCAAAGAGGAAACAGCUAAUCUAGACUUACCCUCAACAGUGGCAGGAGAACCUGAAAAGUUAAAAGAUUCUGUAGGGCCUUUGGAGGAGAUCAAGUCAGUUUCCGAUCCAGAGCCAGUAAAGGAGACCAUGCCCGUAAAAAGGGCAUCUAUCAGAUCCAAAAAAGCAAAAAUUAAUUUAGUGCAACGUACGAAAAGACCAAGCAUCCCAAAGCCCUUUGAAGCAAAGAAGACAAAGCUAGAAUUUGAGGAGGACGAUGAGCAGACGACGGCUAACGAUCACGGCUUGCUGGAGGACCGUUACGGAGUCGCAGCAAUCGAGGUAAUAGUCAAUUCUGAUAGCCUUAGCUCAGACAAAGUAAAUCUUAAUUUAUCUAGUGCUAAAAACAAUUCAAAGGUGCCAGCAGAUGAAGAAGAAGUCAUUGAGUCCCGAGUAGAAGUUGCUAGUCCACAUGAAGAAGAUUCUGCAAAUAUUCCACCCGAAGAAGAGGAAGUCGAAAAAACAAUAAUGAAUAUCCACGAAGAACAAAAAAUUACAACCAAAUCAUCCACUGAACGAGAUCUAACCCAAUUGUAUCAUCCACCUAAAAUGCCCAAAAGUAAAGCCAGUACAAAGAGCAGUAGUCAUGAGGCCCUUGAGGAUUCACAACCCGCAACAUCAAAAAGUAUUGUCUCCCUAAUAGAAGUCCUCUCACAGGAUCCACCUAUGCCCCAAGGCGAGGCUCAAUUGCCAUUUAGCAAGGAGUCCAGCGAGUUAGAUUCCAGUGCCUAUAGCUCGCCUAAUGUCACAGGAGUACGAAAUUUACUUGGGCACUUGACCGCCGAAAAGGUGAUUCCCCAAAUCAAGAAGUUAUCGCCAACACCUAAAUUAGAAGAACCAACAAAACCAGUACCCCGCAAAAAACUUGUCAAAACGCGACCUGUUCUCAGCAAAAGAUCCUCAAAAGUGUCGCAGAAAAAUGCACAAGAAAAGCUAAAUCAUUUUGAAUUUCUCCAUCCAGUUAGUGCAAAUGUGGGUGGUCGCAUACCCACUUCCAGCACAAGUGAUGAUGAUGGUUCCAUAUUUCUGGGCUUCGAUGACAAAGAAGAAAAGCGUUCCAAAACUCCUGUACGAAGCAAGCGAGUUAAACAAAUGAAGAUCAACGAAACGGACAUAAGCGAUGACGCAACUCCCGAUUACGACGAGACUGAGGAGGAGCAGCAGUCUGCAGAGAAACGUGGACCAGUUAAGACUUCCGAGGUUGAUACCCAGUAUACUUUCAAAAAGCAUACCAUAGUAGAACCAUUUUCCGAUGAUUCAAAUAGCAGUUAUGGUGCUCCUACAAGUCCAAUGGAUUUUGGGGAUAACGUUUCAACGGAUGGAAACCAAAGGUGUGACGAAUUUCCAACAAGGCAAGCAACUACGUGGGAUGAACUAGUAAAUGAAAAAUCUACUGAAGUAUGUAUUGAUGAUGGGGCAGCCGCUGUCGGAUCAAUUAUACCUACCGUAGAUGAUUCGAGAAUUGAAGAUACUCCCAAAACUGAUUUGGAGACCAAUUCAUCUAGCAAUAUUCAUAAAGAGUCACUUUUGGAUCCUUCGAAUGAAGACACGGAACAAAAAACUCAUACUGCUAUAGAGGAAAAGCAGCCACGAGCUUUGAUAAACGAAAAUGAUUUAUCAAUAACUGACAGUAAACCACGGAGGAGUAGGAGAAGGUCAUUUAAAUCAAUUGUAAUUGCUGGUAUAGGAACUCCAAGAGAAGCUUCUACAAGUAAAGAAAGUUUAACUAAUAUUAGAACCACGAAAAAACGACAGACGCAAAGUCGUUCAAAAUCUCCAGCAUCCUUAGAAAACACAGAGGUAAAAGAAAUCUUUGAAGAAGUUAAUGCGUCUGAAAAUAUAAAUGUACCUUCACCGCCAGCUGAAAUUUUGAAGCAUGUGGAAAAUACAGAUUCAAAGGAAAAGCUGGAAGAACAAGAAAUCAUUAAGGGUUCUGGUAAUACUAUAAAGUCUAGGGCAAAACGGAAGUCUCGAAGUAGUUCUAAAGAAUUUACUGCACCCCAAGCAAUGAAAUGUACGGAGCAACUUUCUGAAACAAGUGCUGAGAAAAAAGUGGAAGAAAUUAAAGCACCCGAGGAAAGACAUGAAGUAGUGAAGGCUCCUGAUAUACAUCCUUCGCCGACAGCAGAGAAUAUGGGAAACAAAGAUUCUAUACAAACUCAGGAUGAAGAAAAAACCAUUGAAAAACCAGAAAAAUCAAGAGGAAAAAGGAAAUCUCGGUGUAUUGCGCCAAAAAUAAAAGCUACUCAAACUGAGUCGGUGGCAAAUCCAGAGCUCAAUUCAGAAAAUAAGGAUGCUUCUACUGGUGAUACAGAAAAACUUAAAGCACCAAAGGAAACCCUGUCCGAUAUGAAAUCUCCUGAGAAAGAUUUACCUCCAGCAACAGCAGAAAAUACAAGUUCAGUGGAAAAGUCGAAAGACCAAAAUUCGCUUGAGGAGCCACAAACAUCUAAAAAAUCAAAAGGAAAACGAAAAUCCCGCUCCACUACACCUAAAUCUAAAGUCCCACCCGUGAUUCAACCCGAACCAGUUGCAAAUCCCGAACUUCUAUCUGAGAAUGCCAGUUCUAGGAAGGAAGGGGAUACAAAGCGGAAAACUCGGAGUAAAACGCCAAAGCUACAAGUUCCAUUAGUUACCGUACCUUCUGUUACCGAAAAUGAACCAGUUAAAGGUUCAGAGGAAGCGAAUGAAGCGGAUAGUUCCCAAAGACCAAAGAGAAAAAGACAGUCCCGUUCUAGUAAAGUUGCGCCAGUUUUAAUAACUCCCACAGUUUCUGAGCCUAAAAAGGUUACCGAUACUGUUAAUCAAGAUUCAGAGAAUGCGACGACCACAGUUAUAGCUUCCGAGGAACCAAAAGAAAAUGUCAAUCCGAGGGGAAGCCGAAAAUCUCGAAGUAAAUCGCCAAAAUUAGUUCCCCAUGUUGCCCAUACUGAAGACGUUGAAGCAACGGAGGAAAACACUUUGAAUACGGAUUUACAAGAGAAACUGGACGAAGUUAAAGCUCCCGAAGAACCGAACCAGGCAACAAAUGCUGUAAAAACAAAGAAAAAACGCCAAUCCCGAAGCAGGACACCGAAAGUAACAGUUCCACCAGUUCCUGAAGUCAAUCCGCCUCCAAAACCAGAAGAAACACUUACAGAUGAACUUAUCCAGCCGACAACAUCUAAAAAGUCAAGGGGAAAGAGAUCCACUAUCAAUUCAAAGGCAUUACCUCCAGCAGAAACUCAGCCGGCAGUGAUGUCUAUACCACCAGCUGAACCUCACCCAGUGGAAGCCGAUUCUUUGGUGGCGCGGGUUAAUCGGAAGACUCCAUCUCGUUACGGUUCAGUCCCACCAGACACUCCCAUCUCAUCAGUUAGUGCCUCCGAAGAAAAUGCAAUUCCCGAGUCUGCUCCUAGGAAGGGCAGAAGAAGUAAUGCAGCUACCACACCAGUGCUAGCAUCAACUCCGAAGUCGCGGAAAUGCAGCACCUCAAAUUUAAGCACGAUGAAUUCACCCAUAUGUGAAGAGCUAAAGGUUCCAUCAAAAAGGGGAAGAAAGCGCGCUGAACCUUCUGAUUUGGAUUCGGAGUCAACCAAGAAACAGAAGACUGAAGAGAGUUCGGAAACCGUAAGCGUAUCGGACUUUAAUCUACGGCUGCUGCUCAUAAGGAAGCGAGAACAGUUGGACUCGGAAGAAAUCUUAACAGAAGAUGGUAAGGGUGAGGGUCCUCUGCAAUGUGGUUUAUGUUUGGCCCGCAGCGAUAAAAACAAUUGGCUUCGCCAUCUAGGAGAGCAUUAUGGAGUGGGUUGGUUUGUGGGAGAAUCACCCAAGAAAAUCACGCGUACUUCCGUGAUGAAUAUGAUGAAGAAUUAUCUCCAGAAUAGCGGCGAAAAGCUAAAAUGUCGACUAUGCAAUCACCAACUGGGAUCUUACCUGGGCAUGAUGCUUCACCUGGAGGGUUGUGGCAAUAAGCAGCGCCUGCAGUGCGAUUUCUGCCAACGCUCUUAUACCAAACUCUCACUACCGAGCCAUAUACGAACCUGUCCAAAACGCCACGCGUCCCGGAAUGAUGAAGAUUCGGAGCCUGCGGAGGGAAAUGUUGGUGAACCGGUGUACAGCAAUGCGGGCCGUGCCAAACGGAAAUCUACCAUCAAGGCUGAAACCAAAUUAAAGAAAAUAGGAGAGCACCUGACUUUGCAUAAGCCGGGGGAAGAGAGUUCCGCCAAAAACGAUUUCGAUGGCGAUUCCUCGGACUACGAUAUGACCAAGGAUAAGGAGUCGUCUGAGGAAUAUGAUUCGGAAGGAGUUGACUCCAAUGAGGACUCCUUAAGCUCCGAGGAUGAGGGCAGCCUGGGUGAAAACUCUUCCACAACCAAACGAAAGAAAUCAAGCAGACGUGGAGACAUUGACAGGAAGAGGACGUUUAAACGGGCAGUUAAUCUGGGAGAAUGUCAGCAGAAGCCUUUACUCUCACGAUAUCACCACUUGGAGGCUAGGGCGACUCAUAAAUGGAACGAAUUUGUGCACCUCAAUUAUAACGCUGAUGGGUUGUUCACCCAACUGCUGCCAAGCUUUGCGAAGGUUUCUCCACAGGCGGCUAAUGCUUUGCUGCCCUCUAAGGAGACGGCAUCCAUGCGCUAUGCGUAUGGUAAAAUAACCAACGAUGACGAAUGGAAGCAAUUGACACCGUUUGAGGGCUUCAACAAAGAAGGUGAAUAUGUGGGCUAUCUGGGGCAGUCUAUUAAACAACUCGCAUGGGUGCCGCUACCACCGAAAGUUACGAAUCAGUAUUUGCUUUGCUCCCUGCGUCCAAAGAUGAAAUCCUUUGCAAGGCAUACCAAAUUAAAGGAUGAAGAUGCCCUCUUGAUGCUGCUGAAAUGCACGGUUUCUGCCGGCAAACAGACGAACAAAUCAUGGACCAUUCGGCCGGAGCUUCAUUAUGGAAUUCGUGUGCCCCAUGGGCCAGUCAACAGUUUCUGCUUUUUGCCCAGUGGGGGUUAUGAUACAACAUCGUAUCGUUUGGGUCUUUUGGCUGUGGCGAAUUCCUUGAGUGAUGUCUGCAUUUAUGCACUGCCUUUGGAGCUGGAAAAAGAUGAGAACGCAGAGGACAAAGUUGUAAUUCAACCCAAAGCCUUGAUUAUACUCAGUUUGGAUGUGAACAAUCCUGUUCAGGAUCAGUGCACCAAAAUUUGUUGGUCGCAGUCUUUGGGACACAAUUUCAUAGCUACGGGCUAUAGCAGUGGCUACAUUGCGUUUUGGGACAUAAGCGUGGAAGACAAUAUCAAUUGUAUUAUCCGGAACAAUCAGACCUACUUUGUGCCUGUGCAUUUCUUUUACAUAGGCGAGCGGAAUAUCCAAUUUAUGGAUUUUCAUUACGACAAUAAUGGACCGCGUUGGCUUGCAGUUGGCACUUCAAUACGUCAAUUAAAAAUCUAUGAUAUUGCGAACUGGUCGAAACCUUUCAUACUGACACAAGACCCUAUCUGCAAUCUAUACAUGGCUACUUUAACCUGGUCUCCCAUUUGGGAAACACUAGUCGUCAGCAGCUCACACUUCAGUCGUUCGAUAGCAGUUAGUGUGUCGGGAAUACAAUUCGAGCACAGGACCCUUGAUGGAACACUGACGACAAUACGUGACAUGCACUCGAAUUGUCAGCAAAAUCACAUGGUGUUCGUAACGGACAACGGUGACCUAGUGUUCCUGGAUGUGCGAGACCUCAACUGUGGUCCUGCACUGCUAAAGUCCGCGGUCAACACAAGAGCUGUAUCCACUACCGAGCUGCAUCAUCUUGGCGAGACUUCUCCUAAGCCCAAGGAUCCCAUCAGUGCAGAGGAGUUUAUCCGGGACUAUGGUGUUCAAAUCAAUCCGCUGGUGCCUGAGCCCCAUAGUCGAAAAUCCGCAUACCUGAGCGCUCAGCGUCGACCACAAAACUUACACUCCCUGGCCCUGACUAGAUCCAAUUGCGUUCGUUGCAAUUGGAAUUCGCCUGCCCACACUUGGGUGGCCAUUGGCGCAGAACACGGCAUGUUGCGAAUCCUCAACUUCGAGCGGGACAAAUUCUUCUAAAGGAUUUCUCCCAGACUUUUCUCUGGCAACUUGAACAAGCAUCAUCUGAGAUUAUAAAUUAUUGUUUUACCAUAUAAGGUUAUUAGUUAUAGAACUCGUCUUAGGACAGUUAAAUUAUAAUCUAAAAUUGUUUAUAUAUAAUUUAUUUAUAGGUGUUGUAAAAAUAUAUAUAUUAUAUAUUUUAUAUGGAGUUAUUGUAGUUUAUAUCGAAAUAUACUUGCUUUGCAAACAAAGAUUACAACUUGUAAUAACUACUUUUUAAUGGAUUGUAAAACUAUAAAAUUCGAAUGGUAACUCGGAUCAACAUUUUAAAGGCUUCCCAAGAAAUAAAACACGAUCACUUACAACAUAUUAAAUAUAUUGAUAUAUUUGUUACUUUUAUCGGUAUUUUUAAUUUUCCGUAAAUACUAUAUGCAAGUUUAACAAUGAUAGACGGGGAUUUCUUUUUAGCUUUCAGCGAUUAUAAAAUCAAAUUCAAAUAUCGGAUGUAAAAUUAUUAUAUAUAAUGGUAUAUCUCGUUUUUAUUAAAUAAAAUGUAAACAUCUCCCUCUUUCUAA